GCCCCCUGGGUGUUCGCUCUAUCAAGCUUCUGUGAGAGGCGGCCGGAGAGUCAGAAUCAUGCACGCCAACGCCACGAGUGUCCGGAUCCUCAUUAAGGGAGGGAAGGUGGUGAACGAUGACUGUACCCAGGAAGCGGAUGUAUACAUUGAGAAUGGCAUUAUCCAGCAGGUUGGCAGGGAACUCAUGAUUCCUGGAGGAGCAAAGGUGAUUGAUGCCACGGGCAAACUGGUGAUCCCAGGGGGCAUAGACACCAGCACACACUUCCAUCAGACCUUCAUGAACGCCACCUGCAUGGACGACUUCUACAACGGGACCAAGGCAGCAUUGAUGGGUGGCACCACCAUGGUUAUUGGCCAAGUUCUUCCCGACAAGGACAUUUCACUGCUGGACGCGUAUGAGAAAUGCCGCAGCUUGGCUGAUCCCAAGGUUUGCUGUGACUACGCUCUGCACAUGGGCGUCACCUGGUGGGGGCCCAAGGUGAAGGCAGAGAUGGAGACCUUAGUUCGAGAGAAGGGAGUGAACUCUUUCCAGAUGUUUAUGACAUAUAAGGACCUGUAUAUGCUGCGUGACAGUGAACUGUACCAGGUCUUCCUGCAUUGCAAGGACAUUGGCGCAGUUGCUCGAGUCCACGCAGAGAAUGGUGACCUGGUUUCAGAGGGUGCUAAGGAGACGCUGGAGUUGGGUAUCACAGGCCCAGAGGGCAUAGAGAUUAGCAGGCCUGAGGAGCUGGAAGCAGAGGCUGUGCACAGAGCAAUAACCAUUGCCAACCGGACCUUUUGUCCGUUGUAUUUGGUGAACGUGUCCAGCAUGUCAGCUGGUGAUGUCAUCGCGUCUGCCAAGAUGCAAGGUAAAAUUGUUUAUGGAGAAACCACAACAGCCCAUGCCACCCUGAAUGGUUUGCACUACUACCACCAGGACUGGUCUCACGCAGCGGCCUAUGUUACUGUGCCUCCACUUAGACUGGACACCAACACACCCAACUACCUUAUGAGCCUGCUGGCAAACGAUACUCUCAACGUAGUGUCUUCAGAUCACAGAACCUUCACCACUAAACAGAAAGCCAUGGGGAAGGAGGACUUCACCAAGAUUCCACACGGUGUGGGCGGAGUCCAAGAUCGCAUGAGUGUCAUCUGGGAGCGAGGCGUGGUCGGAGGGAAGAUGGACGAGAAUCGUUUUGUUGCUGUAACGAGUUCCAAUGCGGCCAAGAUUCACAAUAUGUACCCCCGUAAAGGACGUAUAAUUCCUGGCGCAGACGCGGAUGUGGUUGUAUGGGAUCCUGAAGCUGCAAAGACACUCUCAGCCAGUACCCAGGUUCAAGGUGGAGACGUCAAUCUCUAUGAAAACAUGCGAUGCCACGGAGUACCACUUGUCACCAUAAGUCGUGGACGUGUUGUCUAUGAAAAUGGGGUGUUCAUGUGUGCUGAGGGAUCUGGUACUUUCUAUCCCAUGAGGACCUAUCCAGAUUACUUAUACAAGAAGAUGAUCCAGAAAGAGAAGACUUUAAGCCUAAAAUGUGUAGAUCGUACUCCAUACCAGGGGGAUGUGGCAGUGGUGCAUGCUGGGAAAAAGGAAACAGGCAGCCCGAUGGCAGACACUCCUACUCGGCCAAUCACUCGUCAUGGGGGCGUGAGAGACCUUCACGAGUCCAGCUUCAGCCUAUCUGGUGCUCAGAUCGAUGAUCAUGUCCCAAAGCGCGCCUCGGCCAGAAUCCUUGCACCUCCCGGAGGUAGAUCCAGUGGAAUCUGGUAAUCUGCAGGAAACCAACCCCUAACGGCCCCACUACUCCAUUCCUAGGUCCCUCGUAUCCCACUCCCAGCGGGAGUCCAGCAUUGCUGCACCCAGCUCAAUCAUCACGUAAACUCACCUGUAUUGUUUCACGAAAAUGAGAGCAUCCACUUGCCCACACCGAUCUGUCUACAAACAUUUUGCCAAGCCUUGAAACCACUACCACAGUGUGGAAUAUUUGUGACUGAUUAACAUUUAUACCUCUGUAACUGGGCACCUAUCAUGUCAAAUGGAAAUUCACAAACCAUUUUAGUGAAUGCCUGAGCCAUGCUAUUAAAACAACUGCCAUGGAUGUCUUAAAUCUUUGUUUUCGAUAAUAGUUAAUUAACCUGAAGAUCGUUCAUUCUGCUAUGUUUGUGUGGGAGAAAUCCUCUAAAUAUGUGAAUGGAUGUUUGCUUAUUAUUGUCCAAAUUGGUUCCGCACUCUCACGCUAUCACCAAUCUUUAGGGAGUCUUCCACAACCACUUCUCACCGCCUCUCGUGAUUAUUACUUUUCUCUACUGUGACCAGAAGCUGUGAAAUAUGGAGGGAGAUGGCAUUAGCUUCUUGUAUAAGAGUUUUCACCCAUUUUCAUGCAGUCCGUACAGCUCUGUCUUACAGUAUAAGGAACGAGAUGGUUAUUGUUAUCAAAUCUUCAAAUAUUGGUCCGUCUCCAAGUGAAUGCCUUAUGUAAAAUAUGAAUUGAUCUCCACAAAGCCGGGUAUCAAUGUGACCAUGAAAUCGUUUUCUUAAUGCACGCCCCAACUCAAGAUAAAUCGGCAACAGUCUAUCACUUCUUCAUUUUACUGCCACAAUAUAUGAGUUAGUUUGCCAAAACGUAAUGACCCUACUUGAGGUAUGUUCUAUAUUAAAGAGCAUUCUCUCCCAUAUCUCCAGGCAUGCCACACUCUCCUCACUGGCAAAGACCCUCAUAUGAAUGUAGGAGGGAUUGUGUUUCUCUGUCUCUCGUUCCGGUAGAGAUUAAUUAGACAGCCUGCAAUGGCGCUUGCCUAUUCUGGAGCAAUCUAGUUAUAGGUUAUGGCAGUGUGAGAGAGCCUUCCCUCCGAUGUACUAACUUCCCUUAAACCCCUCUUCCUAUUUAUUCUACUCUUUAUAAACGUGUUCUGCCAUGCUGGUAUAGCAGUAAAUAAUGUAUCCACCUGGUUACUAGAAUAAUUGCAUGUAUAACCACAGCCGUUCUGUAUUUUCCAAAAUCCAGUUUUAAGACUUAAAAUUCCACCCCAUAAAUGUGAGAGAAUGCAUUGAUUUCCAGAUGACGGAUUCCCAUUCUAAGCCGUAUUGUUUGCCCAUAUGAUGGAGAAUAUGAGUUAUCUGUCUGUGUGCAUUUUGUUGUUUGAGAACUGACUUUUCUUAUUGCAGAUUUGCUCAGGAUUCUGAAUAUUAUGGCGAUUGGGCCAAUCCCUAUUCUGAAAUAGCUAUAACCACAAAGAAUACUCAGUUCUACUCAAACUUGAGCCACUUCCGAGCUGCAUCCUUUGUUUGGUGAUUGUCGUCAUCCAUAUAGUCUGUGAAUGACUCCAGGCCCUCCCCAGUGUUAUUUGAAUUGAUUACAUUGGUUUGUCAUGGUGACAAUAGAAGUCAGAUAGUUUCCAGCGACUUGUCAGCUGUAUCCGGCGAGAACCCUGUGUGUGUCUGUGUCAUGUGAAGCAGCAGCGUUUUGUACAUGUCGUGAUAGGAAAUCCGUAGGCUAGUAGUGAUAGGUGUUCCUGUUGUACAGUAAUUUGAUGAUAUUUUGUAUUUAUUUAUGUAUUUAUUUAUUCUCAUAGUGAAGGGCACAGACAAGAAGCAAAAAAGUAUCAAACGCUAGGUACAUGAUUCAUAUUGCUCGCACUGUAUGUCUCCCAUUUUGGCUGUGAUGCGAACCCCUAUCUUCAUGCUUCUCCCUGCUGUUAUGGUGCUAAGAAUCAGUUGCACUAACCUCAACAACGUCUCACCUCCCCUGCUUGUCCUACAGCCGUGCGCUUCUUCUCUGCCAUCUCAUUGGUCCAACAUGUCCAAUGCCUCCUGUCCUGCACUGUGGUUUAUAUAAUAAUGGGGCUAAAAAUGGUGGAUUCUGGUGGAAAUUUUCAUUAAAAUGGUAAUUAUU